AUGAUUAAAUUAGCGUUUUUAAUACUAGCACUAGUUUAAACUUAAGACAUAGAAGAAGAAGAGUAAUUUAAUUAUUUAACAUAAGAUUAUCUAAAAAAAUUGGGGCUUGUUGGAUGAAAACUAUUAAGGAUAUUAAUAAUGAAAAAGAUAAUAUGGCCAAAAUUAUUAGAAGUGUAGAAAAUGCUAACAAGACAUUGAUCUUUCAUAAAAUAUAAAUGUCUAUGAUAUUGUAAUGUGAAUCAUUGAUUGAUAUCAACAAUGCAGUAAAUAAAAUAUUAAGUUAUUUUAGAACUAUUUAAAUCUUAGUUAUAAGGAUGUUGUGAAGGAUUUUGAUUAUAAUUAGUUUAUUGGAAUACAAUUUCAAUUAACUAAAGAAGAAGAAACAUUAUUGAGAAUUAUAAAAAAAAUGGAGAAGGAUUUGGGAGAAUUAGAUAAAUAAAAUAAAAUAAAAUAAUAAUACACAAAGACUUAAGAGAUCGAAAAAGAUUGGCAAAAUGCUUACAAUACUAACUAAAGUGAUUAAACUUUACUAACAAAACCAAAUUACUUCCAUUAUGCUUUCUUUUUAAUUUUAUUCAUUGCAAUUUUUGGAGGAGGUUUUUGGAGUAUAAAAAUGAUUUAAGGAAUGAAGGAAGAUUCACUUAAAAAUUAAAGCAAAGCAAAAUGA